GCUCAAACACACACACCGGCUCAUUCAAUCGCUCACACAGUCACGAAAUUGCUCAGAAAAAAAAAAAAAAAAACUCGCAAAGAUGCCGUGCCCUGCCUCCCUCCGCAAGCAGAUGCUGAGAAUGCCGAGUGCUUACCAGUCAGUGCUGGAGAAGGUUUUGAUGGUGGACCAAAUCCUCUCAGAGUUUCUUAUGACCAAAGAAGAUUUAAAAGAAGUAAUGAGGAGGAUGCAAAAAGAGAUGAACAGAGGGUUGCGCUUGGAGACCCACGAUGAGGCCAGUGUUAAAAUGCUACCCACCUAUGUUCGCUCUACACCUGAAGGCUCUGAAGUGGGAGAUUUCUUGGCACUGGACCUGGGUGGCACCAACUUCCGGGUGAUGCUGGUGAAAGUGGGUGAGGAUGAGGAGAGAGGUUGGAAGGUGGAGACAAAGCACCACAUGUACUCCAUCCCUGAGGAUGCCAUGACCGGGACUGCAGAAAUGCUUUUUGACUACAUUGCUGAGUGCAUAUCUGACUUCCUGGACAAGCAUCACAUCAAACACAAGAAACUUCCUCUGGGUUUCACCUUCUCUUUCCCAGUCCGCCAUGAGGACUUAGAUAAGGGAAUUCUCCUGAACUGGACUAAAGGGUUCAAGGCCUCUGGAGCUGAGGGCAAUAAUGUCGUAGGCCUGCUCAGAGACGCCAUCAAAAGAAGAGGGGACUUCGAGAUGGACGUGGUUGCUAUGGUGAACGAUACAGUGGCCACUAUGAUCUCCUGUUACUAUGAGGACCGGAGCUGCGAGGUUGGCAUGAUAGUGGGGACGGGGUGUAAUGCUUGUUAUAUGGAGGAGAUGUGCACGGUGGAGCUGGUGGAAGGGGAUGAGGGGCGGAUGUGUGUGAAUACGGAGUGGGGUGCAUUCGGAGAUUGCGGAGAGUUGGAGGACUUCCGUCUGGAAUAUGACCGAGUGGUGGACGAGUCCUCGCUUAACCCAGGACGUCAGCUGUAUGAGAAGCUGAUUGGUGGGAAGUACAUGGGAGAGCUGGUUCGUCUGGUGUUGGUGAAGUUGGUGAACGAAGACCUGCUCUUUAAUGGUGAAGCUUCAGAGAUGCUGAAGACAAAGGGCAGCUUUGAGACUCGCUUCGUCUCCCAGAUUGAGAGCGACACAGGGGACAGGAAGCAGAUCUAUAACAUCCUGAGCUCCUUUGGCGUCCUACCCUCCGAGCUGGACUGUGAUAUUGUUCGCCUGGCUUGUGAGAGUGUGUCCACACGCGCCGCCAACAUGUGUGCAGCUGGGCUGGCCGGAGUCAUCGAUCUAAUGAGGGAGCGCCGCUCCCAGGAAGAGCUGAAGAUCACAGUGGGAGUGGACGGCUCAGUCUAUAAACUUCACCCACAUUUCCAGGAAAGGUUUCACAAGGCCGUGUGGGAGCUGACCCCUAAGUGUGAGAUCACCUUCGUCCAGUCCGAAGAAGGCAGCGGCCGAGGAGCUGCACUCAUCUCUGCUGUGGCCUGCAAGAUGGCUGCCUGCAUGAUAUCACCAUGAGAAAGACUUCUGUGAGAUGCCUCGAACGCUAGACGGCACUCCAGGAUCACUGCUAAACCGCAAUGAUGAGCAAAGCUCACCUGAAGAGGCCCUGUUAAGCCUCCCUUCGCACACAAUGUGCAUUUCUUCAGAAUGAGGCUUUGCUGUGUAAAGCACACAGCUGUUGCCACAUUUCUGGCAUUAGGUCUUGAACGCACAGUCCAUGCUGCUGUACAUGUUUGAUAUUUAAACUACAGUCUCUUAUGUAGGAUAUACCUUCAGAAGCUUAUAUAUAUACAGAUGUUUUUAUGCUAUAUAUUUUUUCCAUGCAAAAUAUAUUACUACUUAAAUGCAUGUACAUAUCUAAAAUAGCAACAUGAUUUGCUUUGAAGAAAAAGUAUUCCAAAAUUUCUCUUCUCAUGGACAACAUUGUAGAUAGUUGCUUUGUGUUUUACACAUUGUCUUUAUUGUAUUGUGGUGACUUUUAUUGUAUUGAUAAGUUGGUUGGGGAACAGGAGAAGUGAUGGCACUGUCAACAGGCAACUGACACUUUUUGCUUAUUUUAUUUAUUACAUUUUAAACUGUGUUUGUAUGUGGUAAACUAAACUUAAUUUAAAUAUUAUGUUACAUAGCAGAUAUAACUACACAUGUAAAAUGCCUAAUUAUUGUAAAUAAAGCUCAUGUGAGAUAAAAAA